UACAGUAGAGCCUACAGUGCGAGCCACUUUAUUGAAGGCAGCGUAGAGAGACGGAGGAGGAGAAGGAGAGGGAGGGGGCUAAAACUGACCCGAGAUUCAUCGUAGCAGGCAAAUGAAGGCGAGAAAGCUUCAUAAACCGAGAGGAUCGUACUGAGAGAAGUUAUCAACGCCUUGACAACAUUUCUUUUCUUUAUUUCUUUCUUUCGCUUGUUGAAGUUGCUGCCGUUGGAUAGCUGGCCAUGCUAACCGUCGCCGAAGGAGCCGAUCCGGGCAAGAGGACAUUAUCAAGCCGUCGAAAUUUCGCCACGACGAUAUUUUAAGAUAUUUGAACCAAAACCGUUCGGACGACGAAAGAAAAGAGAUUGCUCUUUGGUUCUCUGGAGCCCGAGAAGAAGAGGGAGAGAGCUGGGUUAGCUGGAGCGGAAUGUGGGAUAUAUAGCACGUUAGCUAGCCACGUUAAGCUUGUUUUCCCUGUCAACUUCAGCCGAAUUAGUGCGGUGAAGUCCGGGGGAAAAAGGGGAAAAGGUGGCUCGGCAUUUAAUGCGGGGUCAUUUUUUUCCCAUCCUUUCAAGCCAUCUAACCUCUAAUCUCUCUAUUCGACCAAGCAUUAAUGCUCGUACACAUAAAUUAUCCACGUUAUCUGCCUCCCUCGGCUCUCAUAACACCGCACGUAGUUGUAGGAUGGUGACUUUCCCAUGAAGUGAGUGAGAGUGUGGGACGCUUUCUUUGGAUCUUUGAAUGAUUUUUUUUUUCUCGCAGGAAACUGAUUUUUAGUCUUUUUUUAGUGACAAGUUGUCAUCACUGGGCAUGGGAAGUGGCCCACUUAACCCUACCGAAGGAGAGGUUAUUGAACGGCUGGGUUUGGAGCUUUGACAGUUUUUUUGCUUUUUCACCUCAGGCAGAUUUUCAGUCUUUUUUUGCCUGAGUGAACUCAAAACUGCUAAUGUGGGAUUUGUGAUUAACCUUCGCAAGGAAUACGUACUCAUAUUAUACUGAACUGUUUUAACUGAUUUCUUCAGUUUUACUGAACUGCCCCUGUUUUCCUAUUUUGUUUUUGGUCCGGAUCUCUAGCUACACAUCCUUGGCUGCUGGGACUUUAAUAUAAGACCACAGUUUGACCCUUAAAAGGAUUGUAUUUUGCUUUUCAUCUACACAUCACCGAGUCCCUGACAUGGGUUUUUAAACGAGUGAGCAGUCGUACUGUUAAAGACUGUGGCCGUUUUGACGGGAAACCGCUGGAAGCUGCAGCUGUUGGACUCUUGUCAUAUAAACGAAAAGGAUACCAGAUUUAAAAGGAGAAGAAGAAGAAAAUAUGGGUCCAGCUACAAAACUUGCAUUCGGCGUGUUCCUCAUCUCUUGCUCUUCAGGUGCCAUUCUGGGCCGCUCGGAGACACAAGAGUGUGUGCUCUACAACUACAACCCGAACUCGGAGAACCAGGGAAACCGCAGCAUCGAGCCGUGCGUCGGAGACAAAGAUAAGCGUCUGCACUGCUUUGCCACCUGGCGGAACGUGUCCGGGACGGUGGCAGUGGUGAAGCAAGGCUGCUGGCUGGAUGAUGUCAACUGCUACGACAGCACGGAAUGUGUGGAGAAGAAGGAGGACCCCGAUGUGUUCUUCUGCUGCUGCGAAGGCAACAUGUGCAACGAAAAGUUCUACUACAACCCAGAUGCGCAGGCCGUUCAGAGUAAGGCUCCUAUCACCGACAGAAGCAGCGGUGUUUUUAAGGCAACAUCAAACCCAUUCACCCAGAAGCCACCCUUGUUCAAUACCCUCCUCUACUCCCUUGUGCCGAUCAUGGGCGUCGCCGCCAUCGUCCUGCUCUCCUUCUGGAUGUACCGCCAUCACAAGCUGGCGUAUCCGCCCGUUCUGGUGCCCACACAGGACCCUGGCCCCAUGCCCCCGUCGCCCAUCCUCGGCCAGAAACCUCUGCAGUUGCUGGAGAUCAAAGCCAGGGGUCGGUUUGGCUGCGUGUGGAAGGCUCAGCUGCUCAAUGACUAUGUGGCAGUAAAGAUCUUUCCCAUUCAGGACAAGCAAUCUUGGCAGAAUGAAUAUGAGAUCUACAAUCUGCCUGGUAUGAGACACGAGAAUAUCCUCCACUUCAUCGGUGCAGAGAAAAGAGGAGCCAACCUGGACAUCGAGUUGUGGCUCAUUACAGCUUACCAUGAAAAGGGCUCUCUGUCUGAUUAUCUGAAGGCCAACGUGGUAACGUGGAACGAGCUGUGCCACAUUGCCCAGACCAUGGCGCGAGGUCUGGCGUACCUCCAUGCUGACAUCCCAGGCCUCAGAGAUGGACACAAGCCUGCCAUCGCCCACAGGGACGUUAAGAGUAAGAACGUGCUGCUGAAGGCUAACCUGACGGCCUGCGUUGCUGACUUUGGCCUGGCCCUGAGGUUCGAGGCCGGAAAGUCUGCCGGGGACACACACGGACAAGUGGGAACCAGGCGCUACAUGGCUCCGGAGGUGUUGGAAGGGGCAAUCAAUUUCCAGCGAGAUGCGUUCCUCAGGAUAGACAUGUAUGCCGUGGGCCUCGUGCUGUGGGAACUGGCCUCCCGCUGCACAGCUGCCGACGGCCCAGUGGACGAGUACAUGCUGCCGUUUGAGGAGGAGGUGGGCCAGCACCCCACCCUGGAGGACAUGCAGGAGGUGGUGGUCCAUAAAAAGCUGCGUCCCACUCUACGGGAGUGCUGGCAGAAACAUCCCGGUCUCACCAUGCUGUGUGAGACGAUAGAGGAGUGUUGGGACCACGAGGCUGAGGCGCGUCUCUCCGCGGGCUGCGUGGAGGAGCGCGUGGUUCAGAUGCAUCGACAGACCAGCGUCUCCGGGCCAGAAGAGAUCGUCACCGUCGUCACCAUGGUGACCAACGUGGACUUCCCGCCCAAAGAGUCCAGCCUAUGACUAGCGGGGAACACCAUGUGAAUCACGUGGGCGGAAACAAAAACCCUUCAGAGACGGGCCUGGGACCGGAGAACUAAAGUUCUGGACAGCUAAAAGCUCGAGUCAUCCUGGUGAUUGUACUGUACAUACGGUUGGUCGAGUUUACCAGCGGUGGAUUUUCCUGCAGAUUUCGGGCCGAUACCGGUUUGCAGCUACACUACAUGUUUGCGUGCGUUUGUGCGUAUGUGUGUGUUUGAGUGAGUGAAGAUGUCUCGAGGCCUUCUGGAAAGGACAGAUGGAUUUUAAUCCAGCACGAGGACCUCAUGCAGGACACACCUUUUAGCAAACGGACUACAUCAAAAAAUGAAGCUGGUGUUUCUCUUUUUUCUUUUUCAGCUGGACAAGAGAAAAAGAGAGAGAGAGAUCACUUUUUCUCUGAGAAAACAGGGAGAAAAAGAACCAGACUCCUUGUAUCAUUUCAGUGUAGAAAGAAAAAAAGAAAAAAGGGCAACAUUGCUUUCUAAAAAAACGCAUUUAAUGUGUUUGAAUGAAUGACUUUUGCAAUGCCAAUACGAAACAGCUUCUGAAUGUCUAGUGUGUCGCUGCUGUAAAUAUAUCAACCGAGAGGGUGAAAACACGAAUCGUCGGCGGCGGUUUUUGUAUCUCUGGAUUUUCCUCCCAGCGUUUCUGUCAAAAUAACCACCAACCUCUCUCGACAAGGUAUACCUCAGUUUCUCAUCCUAAUAACAAGUUUGUUUUGUAACACUAUAUAAAGAAAAAAUAUGAAGCUUUCCGUCGACCUACACUGGGCACAGAAGCUUUUUAAAUACGGGGGAAAAAAAAAUACUUUUUUUUUUAUACAACAGAUUAUGCCAAGAAAAUAUGGCCAUUCAUAAACCAGUGUUUUCUUCUGCCUUCUUUCUAUUACUUUAUGUCUUUUCUGUGUUGCCCUGGUGUUUAGAAUGUGAUGUUUUUUUUAAGCAUUGUGACAAAUGGUUUGUUGAAUCAGUUUUAGACUUCUAUCAGCACCCUUUGAGAAGAAAAUCCCUGAAAAAUAUGAAUUCUGUGAAAAUAUGAAAGCACUUACCAGUAUAGGUUUGCAGUGUCCUCACAGCAAUCGACAUGUGUGCAUGCCUUGUAUUUUUUUUUCUUUCUCUUGUGCGUGAAAUCUCGUGAGCAGUCGUCAACCCCACCCCAUCCCACCACCACUUUUUUCUAUUUUUUUUUUCUUUUAAUCAUUUCGUUCGCUGUAUUCAAUCAGGGUAUCGCUCUUUUUGUAUUUUCAUUUAGUGGAAUUUGAUCUCGGUCUUCUGUGAUCAGUGUCUGCUGUACACAUCCUCCCAAGCAGAGGUUCUCCUCAACAAUCCUGGACCAGCUUCCUUUACUGGAACCCUGACCCUGACCACAAUAUGUGAAAAAACUCAAAAAACUAGCCUUAGACAAGCGGCUAGCGCUAACUUUCACGACAACUACAGUUAACUGUCUCUUAAGUAUGUCUCAGGAAGCCCGCUGCCACCUUCCCCUUUUUGAGCUUUUCUCCUCUGGUGCCAUUCUGGUGGUCCGUGUUGUAUCGUGUAUGCAAGAGGCCUUCAUAACACCUUACUCAUUCUGUUCUACUACGGUGAUAUCAUAAGCUGGACUUAACCUUUUCGAGUACCACGACCUUGAAGCCUGAUAUGUCGCUAGCUCCAGGGCUAGUCUUGUGAAUUUGCUUCAAGAAAGGGUUUAUAUGUUGAAUAUAUGACUCCUAGAUGAAGAUCAGUGAGUCAUGCUGAUCUUAUUAUGCUGUUAUGUAUUUUUUUUUUUUAUUACACAAAAAGUGCACAGAAGUAUUAUCCUGAUAAUAUGCUGGUGUUAUGAGGACCUGACAAAUACCGUCUUCAUCAAUUCAGUACUUUUCAUUAACAGUGAGUCCUCUAGUUUAACAGUGGUCCUACUGCUACUCUUAAGCUGCUAAUAGGAUUCAGGCUUUUUGUCGUUUCUUAAGCUACGCGUCAUAGCCCAUCUCGAAGCAUCGAGGUCCGUAUGACUGUAUGCAAUCAACCUCUUUCAACCGAAGUGUGCUCUCGACUGUAGCAUUUUCAAUCCGCUGACGUUUGCACAUGUCGUUUCUCAUCGCCGACCUUCUCAGCUCCGGCUGGUAUGGAUGUGGUCCGUAAGGACAGGUGCCAACUCAUGCCGUCCUAUAUAGGAGCGCUCGGGAAGAAUGUAGAGGCUUCUUCACGUUGUUAUCGUUGGCAAACCCGAGAUAAACGGUCGUUAGCGCCAUUAUUGCUCUUUUUUUCAUUAUUAGCUACGGAACAAUCCAGCAAUAUUUUUUCCUGCUUCUGUUCAAAUGGUAAUGCAAGGGGGACGGCAAUAGUUAUCUAAAACUUAAUAUGAUUGUAAUUUGUUUUGUGACACGUAGGAACAAAACAGCUUGCUUUUAUUAUGAUCUCAGCUGGGACGGACAUCUUUUUCGCAAUCACUAGAAGCCGUGAUGCGUUUUUCAAGCUUUUUCUCACUUUGUCAGAGAUAAUCGAGGCGAUCUGAAAGUUCCCACUUAAUGAAAUCUCGUAACUAUGGUAAUUACAUACUGCGCAAUGUAAUUAUACAUGAUGUGAGUGCAGCGUUAGCGGUGCUUGAUUGCAUGAGUUCCAUUAGCAAUUGCGCGUUUCACAGUUACUGGCACAGAGGUGUGUUGAGCUAGCACUUACUCUUACCAUGUUGGUAUUUUCUAUAGAGAUUCUAGUGCCGAAUGGAAUAAGCAGGGCCAGCUAGCAUGACCCUUAUUUGCACAGUGCUAACUGGCUAUUAGCUUUUAGCUAGCCAUGUUAACGUUAGCACUUACAGGCUGAAGUGUUCAUUCAGAUCCUUCAUGUGAGCGAGCUCCAUGUCUCCGCUCAGUUUGGCUGUGUUCACACCAGAUAAUUCAGAUUAUUUUCAGUUUUUUAAAUUGGUUUUUAGAUCAGAUCUUUAGGGCUAACUCCCCACACUGUUAUUUUAUAGAAUGAUCAGCUUGGACAGCUAUCGUCACUGUCCAAAGAAAAACAAGUAUCUCCAAAAUAGUAACUUUACAGGAGAAGGCAAAAACACUCCUACAUUUCAAUGCAGGUUAAUACAAAAAAAGGUUUAAUUACAAGUGAUUUUAGAGCAUUUCUAUUGGUCCAUUCAUCGUGAAAUCUUCACACAACGUAAAGGGCAGCUGGUGUGUUGAAAUUAUGUAGAAAAAAAAAAUUGACAAAAAUGGAGAUACAUGGUUUCUUUGGACAGCAACGAUAUAUAAAGUCAGGUACGAGUUGCCUCGUGGCAAAUCAUCUGAGCGUUUACACUAAAACUUGUCUGUAGUAGGAUUUGGACACACUUAUGUGUUCAGACAGUGACACCAUUUUCUGGAAUAGGUGCACUGGUUGCUGUAUUAAUGUAGGCAUGACGUUGUCGUGGUCAGUGCUGCCUAGAAACACGUUUACCACAAUGAAUGAGAUGUGAUGUCAAAUACAAGAUGCACCACAAAAAAUCUGAGCGUUCAUAUAAAGCUAGACUUCAGACUCAGAUAUGCAAAUAAAUCGGUUUUGUUUUAUCUGUGUGAACACAGCCUUUGCAUUCACUCUCAGCCAGGAUACAAGCCUUCAGCCCACAUGCAAAUGUGGGAAAGAUACAUAAGAGUAGCCGUCAUUCGCUGUAGCUUCCAUUCAUGUCCGUCCCACACAGCUGUCUUUCUACGUCUCGCUCAAGAGAGGGUCUUCAGUGUUAUUGUGGUUAAGUGGGCCUGGUAUUCAGAAUGUAUCAACAGUAUGAGUGGAGUUUUCACAACUAACGUAACCAUAUCCGGUCCUAGAUCUGAUCCUGUUGACAGGUAGGUUGUGAGUGCUGGCCCUGGAUUCUCCGCUAGCUUUAAACUCUAAAGUCAGUAUGAGUGGUUGUUAGUGGCUCUUCUGGCCGCUCAGUUUGGUCAACAGGCACCGCAAGCCCUGUUGACCUCUUUGCUUCUGAUUCAAAGAAAGUCUGGGGUUUUUCUCAUAAAUCAUGUGUCAGGUCAUGUGAAAGCAUGAAAAAAAAACCCUUUAACAUACUCUCUGCCCUUAAAACACAAGCCAAACCACCACCACCACCUCCACCUCCACCUCCUCCUCCACCUUCCCGAACACCCUCUCCAUACAUUGGCAGAAGACUGGAUUGAAAGUGCACCGUAUGUAUAUAUGAAUAAUGUUUUAGAUUGUGGAAAAAUAGCAUGAGGUUGUUUUUUUAUGGUCUCAAAAGCAAAAAAAAAUGGUUUAAAAAACAGAAAAAAAAAACCUUUAUUAAUAUUAUUAUGGAAAAAAUAUUUUACCGUUGUUUAUUUUGUAUAUCUGUAUUUUAGGUUGUUUUAUUAAUUUAUGUCACGGCCCAAACGAGUUAUUUUUAUUCUCGAUUCAAUUUUCUUCGAAAUUUUGCUCUAUUUAUAAAACUGGUCAGAUGAAACACUAAAAAAUAAAAAGUAGAAAGAAAGAAAUUAGCAGAUCGAUCUAUCCUUUACCUCAGACUUCCCGGUUCACUCUCAACGUUAAAAGAACAAGCGGUGUAGCACGACAGAUAACAUGGUGCAAACGUUGUGAAAACUUUUACUGGGAAUUGACCAGCAGGUUCUCUCUCUCUCUCUACUUCUUCUUCUUUUUCUGCUUUUUUUUCUGGCGAACAAGACGCUCUUUGUGGUUUUUAGUGACAGUAUUUGCUCACCACGAUGCCGUCGAGUGAAUGUCACCAUUGUACCAAAACUGGCCGUCUUGGGUGCGGGCGACUGUAUUAUGACCUUAAUGCCGGACAUGCCAUUUGAGUUUCUCCUCUAAAGUAUUUAAUGAAACAUAUUCAGGGCCUGGUUGGAAGUAAUUGUUACAUAUUGUACAGAUGAAAAUUUUAUGCUACUACUCCCUUCAAAUAAAGUAUAGUGACUGCUCUUGA